CUAAAACCUUGCAAGUUCAGGAAGAAACCAUCUGCAUCCAUAUUGAAAACCUGAAACAAUGUAUGCAGCAGGCUCAGUGUGAGUGAACUGGAGGCUUCUCUACAGCAUGACCCAAAGGAGCAUUACAGGUCCUAUUUGCGACCUGAAGUUUGUGACUCUCCUGGUUGUCUUAAGUUCAGAACUCCCAUUCCUGGGAGCUGGAGUACAGCUUCAAGACAAUGGGUAUAAUGGACUGCUCAUUGCAAUUAAUCCUCAGGUACCUGAGAAUCAGAACCUCAUCUCAAACAUUAAGGAAAUGAUAACUGAAGCUUCUUUUUACCUAUUUAAUGCUACCAAGAGAAGAGUAUUUUUCAGAAAUAUAAAGAUUUUAAUACCUGCCACAUGGAAAGCUAAUAAUUACAGCAAAAUAAAACAAGAAUCAUAUGAAAAGGCAAAUGUCAUAGUGACUGACUGGUAUGGGGCACAUGGAGAUGAUCCAUACACCCUACAAUACAGAGGGUGUGGAAAAGAGGGAAAAUACAUUCAUUUCACACCUAAUUUCCUACUGAAUGAUAACUUAACAGCUGGCUACGGAUCACGAGGCCGAGUGUUUGUCCACGAAUGGGCCCACCUCCGUUGGGGUGUGUUCGACGAGUAUAACAAUGACAAACCUUUCUACAUAAAUGGGCAAAAUCAAAUUAAAGUGACAAGGUGUUCAUCUGACAUCACAGGCAUUUUUGUGUGUGAAAAAGGUCCUUGCCCUCAAGAAAACUGUAUUAUUAGUAAGCUUUUUAAAGAAGGAUGCACCUUUAUCUACAAUAGCACCCAAAAUGCAACUGCAUCAAUAAUGUUCAUGCAAAGUUUAUCUUCUGUGGUUGAAUUUUGUAAUGCAAGUACCCACAACCAAGAAGCACCAAACCUACAGAACCAGAUGUGCAGCCUCAGAAGUGCAUGGGAUGUAAUCACAGACUCCUCUGACUUUCACCACAGCUUUCCCAUGAAUGGGACUGAGCUUCCACCUCCUCCCACAUUCUCGCUUGUACAGGCUGGUGACAAAGUGGUCUGUUUAGUGCUGGAUGUGUCCAGCAAAAUGGCAGAGGCUGACAGACUCCUUCAGCUACAACAAGCCGCAGAAUUUUAUUUGAUGCAGAUUGUUGAAAUUCAUACCUUCGUGGGCAUUGCCAGUUUCGACAGCAAAGGAGAGAUCGGAGCCCAGCUACACCAAAUUAACAGCAAUGAUGAUCGAAAGUUGCUGGUUUCAUAUCUGCCCACCACUGUAUCAGCUAAAACAGAAGUCAGCAUUUGUUCAGGGCUUAAGAAAGGAUUUGAGGUGGUUGAAAAACUGAAUGGAAAAGCUUAUGGCUCUGUGAUGAUAUUAGUGACCAGUGGAGAUGAUAAGCUUCUUGGCAAUUGCUUACCCACUGUGUUCAGCAGUGGUUCAACAAUUCACUCCAUUGCCCUGGGUUCAACUGCAGCCCCAAAUCUGGAGGAAUUAUCACGUCUUACAGGAGGUUUAAAGUUCUUUGUUCCAGAUAUAUCAAACUCCAAUAGCAUGAUUGAUGCUUUCAGUAGAAUUUCCUCUGGAACUGGAGACAUUUUCCAGCAACGUAUUCAGCUUGAAAGUACAGGUGAAAAUGUUAAACCUCACCGUCAAUUGAAAAACACAGUGACUGUGGAUAACACUGUGGGCAACGACACUACGUUUCUAGUUAUGUGGCAGACCAGUGGUCCUCCUGAGAUUAUGUUAUUUGAUCCUGAUGGACGAAAAUACGACACCAAUAACUUUAUCACCAAUCUAACUUUUCGGACAGCUAGUCUUUGGAUUCCAGGAACAGCUAAGCCUGGGCACUGGACUUACACCCUGAACAAUACCCACCAUUCUCCGCAAGCCCUGAAAGUGACAGUGACCUCUCGCGCCUCCAACUCAGCUGUGCCCCCAGCCACUGUGGAAGCCUUUGUGGAAAGAGACAGCCUCCAUUUUCCCCAUCCUGUGACGAUUUAUGCCAAUGUGAAACAGGGAUUUUAUCCCAUUCUUAAUGCCACUGUCACUGCCAUAAUUGAGCCAGAGACUGGUGAUCCUGUUAGGCUGAGACUUCUUGAUGAUGGAGCAGGUGCUGAUAUUAUAAAAAAUGAUGGAAUUUACUCGAGGUAUUUUUUCUCCUUUGCUGUAAAUGGUAGAUAUAGCUUGAAAGUGCAUGUCAAUCACUUUCCCAGCAUAAGCACCCUAGCCCACUCUAUUCCAGGGAGUCAUGCUAUGUAUGUACCAGGUUACACAGCAAACGGUAAUAUUCAGAUGAAUGCUCCAAGGAAAUCAGUAGGCAGAAAUGAGGAGGAGCAAAAGUGGGGCUUUAGCCGAGUCAGCUCAGGAGGCUCCUUUUCAGUGCUGGGAGUUCCAGCUGGCCCCCACCCUGAUGUGUUUCCACCAUGCAAAAUUAUUGACCUGGAAGCUGUAAAAGUAGAAGAGGAAUUGACCCUAUCUUGGACAGCACCUGGAGAAGACUUUGAUCAAGGCCAGGCUACAAGCUAUGAAAUAAGAAUGAGUAAAAGUCUACAGAAGAUCCAAGAUGACUUUAACAAUGCUAUUUUAGUAAAUACAUCAAAGCGAAAUCCUCAGGAAGCUGGCAUCAGGGAGAUAUUUACGUUCUCACCCCAAAUUUCCACAAAUGGACCUGAACAUCAGCCAAAUGGAGAAACACAUGAAAGCCACAGAAUUUAUGUUGCAAUACGAGCAAUGGAUAGGAACUCCUUAAAGUCUGCUAUAUCUAACAUUGCCCAGGCAUCUCUGUUUAUUCCUCCCAAUUCUGAUCCUGUACCUGCCAGAGAUUAUCUUAUAUUGAAAGGAGUUUUAACAGCAAUGGGUUUGAUAGGAAUCAUUUGCCUUAUUAUAGUUGUGACACAUCAUACUUUAAACAGGAAAAAGAGAGCAGACAAGAAAGAGAAUGGAACAAAAUUAUUAUAAACAAAUAUACAAAGCGUCUUCCUUCU